CCCUCCCUCGCCGUCUCCGGAAACGCUUCCUUUCUACGCAGCCGCUACAGCAGCCGCCGUCCCUGGAGCUUUGCCUCUCUAGGCCGCUAGAGUCUCUCCUCCAUGAUCCUGUCGAUCUGGAUUGUUUCGGGGGCCUGCCGGUGAGGCUGGGCCGCCCUCGGACUCUUCGAUUCUCAGAUCAGUCACCGGUGCCAGGGCGGCCCGGAGCCCAUGGCGCGGCGGCGCUGAUGCAGGCCCGGGCGGUGACCGGGUCCCGCGGGCCGGUAUGGCGGGCCAGUUCCGCAGCUACGUGUGGGACCCGUUGCUGAUCCUGUCGCAGAUCGUCCUUAUGCAGACCGUCUAUUACGGCUCUUUGGGCCUGUGGCUGGCGCUGGUGGACGCGCUGGUGCGCAGCAGCCCCUCGCUGGACCAGAUGUUCGACGCCGAGAUCCUGGGCUUUUCCAGCCCUCCAGGCCGGCUCUCCAUGAUGUCCUUCAUCCUCAACGCCCUCACCUGUGCCCUGGGCCUGCUGUACUUCAUCCGGCGAGGGAAGCAGUGUCUGGAUUUCACUGUCACUGUCCAUUUCUUUCACCUCCUGGGCUGCUGGUUCUACAGCUCCCGUUUCCCCUCGGCGCUGACCUGGUGGCUGGUCCAAGCCGUGUGCAUUGCGCUCAUGGCUGUCAUCGGGGAGUACCUGUGCAUGCGGACGGAGCUCAAGGAGAUCCCCCUCAACUCAUCCCCUAAAUCCAAUGUCUAGAUUUGGGUCCUUUGCACACCUUGCUGGGAGUGUGGACCCCCAACGCCUUGGGCUGCUGAGACCCUCCAGAUGAGGUCCAGCCCGGGUCCGAGAGGAACCCUGGAAAUGUGAAGUCUCUGUUGGUGUGGGAGAGAUAGUGAGGUCCCGUCAAGAAGACAGGUGGCCGUCAGGAUCACAGCUGUAAGAGCGGCCUCUGUCUGCUGAAGCCUUGGUGUCUGGGAGGUCAGCAAGGGGACCUCUUUCAGGGUAAUAACAGAAUUGGAACCAUGUCACUCUUGAGCCACCCUACCUGUCACCAGCCUGUUAUUUUGAAAAAGAAAAAAAUCAAGGAGAACUGAUUGGAGCAAACCACUUUUCUGGGCAUCUGUCUUACCUCCCUGGGACAGCUGUUACCUUGGCCAUGUUGCGGAACCACAGCGAUUCUGUCUGGAGAAACCCUGGGCCUGGAUCCAUAACCGCAGAAAAAGAUGUAGGUGCAAAGUAUUAGGCUGCUGUCAGGGAGAGGAUGGCAGAUGGAGGCAUCGAGCACAAGGAAAAUAAACCACCCGUGUCCUGCUUCGUGCAUGUGUACACGCACCCAUGAACCCAUGACUAACUUUUCUACUGGGUGCCUACCUUGCUGCCAGCUUUCAACAUAGGAGGCGUUAGGACCCAGAGGAAAGUGUCAGCAUCACUCCUAGUCUUACCCUCAUAACAGGGUCACUGCCUGCUCUCUAGGAAUGACCAGGCACCCUAGCUCCCACUGGACCUCAGAUCUGGCAAUAGUUCCUUUUUCCUAACUUACUUGGAAUUCUACAGUGGGAAGGGUAUGGUGGGUGCCUAGAGAUAGGAAGCCCAACCUUCCAGCUCGACCUGCACUCAUAGUGCUGAGGGAGAUAGGAAUUUGCUGCUAAGAUUUUUCUUGGGGGUGGAGUGUCCUCUGCGAGGGGCUUGCAGCUGUCCUUCCUGUAUACAUAAAUACAGUAUUUUCCACGGUU